CUCUUUAAACGAGGCUCUAGGCUUGCUGGUUUGACAGAAGUUGUGCGCAGCUGUCGCCCUAACCGCACAAUCCCCAGGAACAGAAUUUGGUUUCUUGGAGAGCCAUGGGCAGCAAGAAGAAAGAAAUGGCCCUGCAGGUCAACAUCAACACCCAGGAGCUUUGGGAGGAAAUGCUAGGUUCCAAAGGACUGACAGUUGUGGACGUCUACCAGGGCUGGUGUGGUCCCUGCAAACCUGUGGUUAGCCUCUUCCAGAAGAUGAGGAUCGAGGUUGGUUUGGACCUUCUCCAUUUUGCUUUGGCAGAGGCAGACUGUCUUGAUGUUCUGGAAAAAUACCGAGGGAUGUGCGAGCCAACCUUUCUGUUCUAUGCAGGAGGAAAACUGGUGGCUGUGGUGAAGGGGGCCAAUGCACCGCUGCUUCGGAAGACCAUCUUACACCAGCUGGAGGCCGAAAAGAAGGUUCUGGCUGAAGGCAGGGCACGCAACGUGGUUACUGAUGAGUUUCUUUCUGGUGCAGCCAAGUGUCCUCCCCAAGAAAAGGAUGGUGGUGAAGAUGGGGACCUAGUGUCAUCAGAGAAGAACUGUACAUUAGCCAUCAUUAAGCCAGAUGCAGUGGCCCACGGAAAGGCUGAUGAGAUCAUCAUGAAGAUCCAGGAAGCAGGAUUUGACAUUCUAUCAAAGGAAGACAGAACCCUGACAGAGGCAGAAAUGCAAGUGUUCUAUCAACACAGAGCCGGGGAGGAGGCAUUUGAGAAGCUAGUCCAUCACAUGUGCAGUGGACCCAGCCACCUCCUGAUCCUCACCAAGACGGAGGGCACCGAGGAUGUAGUCGCUGCUUGGCAAACCUUCCUGGGGCCUUGUGACCCCACUGUGGCCAGGAAGGAGAACCCCGAAAGUCUCCGGGCUCAGUAUGGCACAGAAAUGCCCUUUAAUGCUGUGCAUGGAAGCCGGAGCAGAGAAGAGGCCAACAGAGAGCUGGCCCUGCUCUUCCCUAGCUUCAAGUUUUCCAGUAAAGUCACGGAAGCCCCACGGGGUAGGAGGAUGAAGCUGGACUGUGGGAGCACGGUGCAGUACGGGGACAACCUCCUUCACCGCUUUGGCCUUGAGGAUGCUGUAUGCAUCACACUACGCUGCUUUUAA